AUGAACAUCAUAACGUGGCUCAUUUUAUCAAGGGAAUUGACCUGGAAUUGACAGAUACAGCGGCGACAAUAACGACGCCGCAACAUCACCUUAAUACAACAAUUGAAGCACCAUUUAUCCUAUUAUUAUGAAAAAAAAAUCUUAAAGCAACCAAUUUAUCUAGAAUAAUAUACAUGUAAGAUAUACUUAAUGUUUAUCGGAGAUAUUUUCUCGCCACUAACCGGUUCAAAUAUGCAGGCGAAUUGAAGCGUGGAUUAUUACUUCGCGAGUCGCCCGUGCCACCUCGCGUCGAAAGCUUUCUGCCAUGGAGAACCUCAUUGUGUUUUUAGUGUCAGUUGUUAUGUUUCUAUCACCAACGUACGGAAACGUUGCAGUCGAAGAAAAAACAAACCGAACACGAACUGCUCAACAUUACCAAGAUUUAGAAGACCUAGAAGUUCCCGACAGUGCCUUGAUAUUCCUAGAAAGAUUAAAAUUUAAACGCCUGAGAGAAUUAUCGUUCCGAGCAAGGCAGAGUCCAGAAGUCCAGAACACAACAUCUGCUCCUGAGGAAGAAGAUGAUGAACCAUCGAGGAGAUGCACCUGUACAUUCGGCGUGUGCAAGUGUUGUACGGGAUAUGUGUUGGAUUUGUUCAACCAGAAAGCUUGUAUGAAGAUCACUUAUCAUCCUGGGGAUUUCGCUUUCGAUGUAGCCAUGUCAAUGAACGACAGGGUACUUUAUGAAAACUCUAUGUCAGGAAAAAACCCGAAACCGAUUUGUAUAAAUCCACCAAGACUUAGAAACUUGAAAGUAUGUGCCAAAUUUUACAACGUAUUUUUCCCUGGAAGAAACUUUCACUUUUGUCUGGCAAUGACGGGUCAAUGGCGGCAGUUUGAACUCUUCAACAUGGCAUUCGAUUGUUUAAGAAUGGGCGCAAACGGCCUGGCGAUGGUCAAGCCAGAAGAAAAUGGGGGGCUCCCAAUACCCAACCCUGGAGGGGGAGUGGAUGCUGUCAUCGAUUCUGGCGACGACGACAUUGAGGAGUACGACGAGAACAAUGUCAAGUCACUGUUUGAUAUAUUUGAUGAUGAUGAUAGAAAAUAAUUACUUAUCGGUAAUCAUACUAAUUAUAUACAGAUAGAGCUGUAGGAACUUAAAUUAUUUAUUUUUAAGUAAAAAUAAAUUAUUUAUUUUA